AUGUGCACGUCGAGCAUCCUGGAAGCCAGUUCUCAACUUACCCCAUCCAGGGUUUAUACAGCAUCUUUUGCCUUUUUUGAAGCUCUAUGGGAGGGAGGCGUAACCCAUGUCUUCGUCAACCUAGGUUCCGACCACCCCUCCAUCCUCGAGGCUAUGGUCAAAGGUCAAAAGGAGAAGAGAGAUCGAUUCCCCACGAUUAUAACCUGUCCCAAUGAGAUGGUCGCACUAUCCAUGGCCGAUGGCUACGCCCGUCUAUCAGGCAAACCACAGGCAGUCAUCGUCCACGUCGAUGUCGGAACGCAAGGACUCGGCGCAGCAGUGCACAAUGCCUCCUGUGGACGCGCACCUGUCCUUAUCUUUGCGGGCCUCUCGCCGUACACGAUUGAAGGCGAGAUGCGCGGGUCACGCACAGAGUAUAUCCACUGGAUCCAGGACGUCCCCGACCAGAAACAGAUCGUCUCGCAAUACUGUCGAUAUUCCGGCGAAAUCAAGUCCGGCAAGAAUGUCAAGCAAAUCGUUAAUCGGGCCUUGCAAUUCGCCACGAGUGACCCCAAGGGCCCGGUAUACCUUGUUGGUGCGCGCGAGGUUAUGGAGGAGGAUAUCGAGCCUUAUCAGUUGAAUCAGAAGGUUUGGGGUCCUGUUGCCCCGGCGGCGUUGCCUCCUGCUGGCAUUGAAUUAAUUACAUCGGAGCUGGCUGCUGCGAAGAAUCCUUUGGUUGUUGUUGGGUAUACUGGUCGACAGGCUCAGGCUGUGACGGAGCUGGUGUCGUUGGCGAACAGCUUCCAGGGAAUUCGUGUGCUUGAUACUGGGGGUAGUGAUAUGUGCUUUCCAGCGGAUCAUCCGGCCUGGUUGGGCCUGCGAUAUCCUGGACACGAGGCUGUUCAGUCCGCUGAUUUUAUCCUGGUGAUUGAUUGCGACGUACCCUGGGUCCCUACCCAGUUCAAGCCAUCUGAGACGGCGAAGAUCAUCCAUAUCGACGUGGAUCCUCUGAAGCAACAGAUUCCUGUCUUUUAUAUCCCAUCCAUGGCUACCUUCCGAGCGGAUUCUGUUACCGCUCUCAAACAGAUCAAUGAGCAUGUUGCUAGCAAAACUGAGCUACAGAAGUUCAUUGGAUCUGAUGAAAAUAAUGCUCUAUACCAGCGCCGUCAUGAAGCCUACCAGACACGGCGGAAAGAGAUUACCGACCUCGCAGUCCUCCCGGAGGGGGGCCUGAGUGCACCCUUGAAUGUCAACUACCUCAUGGCCCAAGUGCGAAAGUCCUGUCCAGUCGAUGCGAUUUGGGCAAUUGAAUCCGUGACUUUGACACACUUCGUCGCUGACCAAGUAGCAGCCACCCUGCCAAAUUCCUGGAUCAACUGCGGCGGCGGUGGCUUGGGAUGGAGCGGCGGCGGAGCACUGGGCAUCAAGCUUGCUUCAGAUGUCCAGCACGGAGGACCUGGCAAGGGUAAAUUCGUCGUGCAGGUGGUUGGCGAUGGAACUUUCCUCUUCUCUGUGCCCGGGUCUGUCUAUUGGAUCUCGCGUCGCUAUGGAAUCCCUGUUCUGACCAUCGUGCUGAAUAACAAGGGCUGGAAUGCCCCGCGUCGAAGCAUGCUGCUGGUCCACCCGAGUGGGGAUGGCUCGCGUGCAACGAACGAAGAUUUGAAUAUCUCGUUUGCGCCGACGCCUGAUUAUGCUGGCAUUGCGAAGGCUGCGGCUGGUGGGGAGAUGUGGGCUGGUCGGGCGUCGACUGUUGAGGAGUUGUCGCAGAAAUUGCCCGAGGCUAUUCAGAGUGUUUUGAAUGGUAAGGGUGCGGUUUUGGAAGCGCAGCUUGAUGGAACGACUGGCAAGUAUGUAGAUAAGUCAUAG